CCAAAAAAUGCUUCGUGAUAGUUGCAUUCAUGUUCAUCGUGUCUUCGUCAAAUAUUUCCGAUGAAUUCAUCUGUGUGCAAAAAUGACUGUAGAGAAGCGUCCGCACACACCACAACGCGACUUGUAGUUUUUCAACAGUACAACUAGGGAUUUGACUGGCAGUAGACCUUUCUUGCCGACUGCACUACCCAUGUGAAGUUAAAGUUGAUAUAAUACAACGACGAAAGAGAAAUUCGUAUCGUCCACCCUCGUUUGGUUCUUUGUAAGUACAACUAUCGUAGAAGUAGUACUCUCCGCAGUAUUCCUAUUCUGCUCCUUUCAUGAAUUCGAAGACUGCUGCACAAAGCUGAAUCAGAAACCCAAGGUAUUAAUACCCAUAAUUCGCAGCACAAGCACUAGAAAUGGGCGCCGUUGUCAGCAGCCGUAAGAAGAACCGGACCCCCGGCGGCGACGCGACUGCCAAGCCCAUCCAGCUGGAAGAGGUGGAUUUGGCAAAGGGCGAAGGCUACAGUCCCCAGAAAUGCAGUAAGCAGGGUCCAGCAGCAGAUGGGAGCAGCUCCUGCGCAGGUUGGAAAGCAUCUGGAGGGCCCGCCUCGUCCGACGAGCAAGCCCAGACGAUUGCAGCAAGUGGUUUGUCCUCGGAUCUCCAGGCAGCUCCUCCACCUGCAGCUACAACGAAGAUGGGCAGCAUGGUGCUAGACACGGAGAUUAGCAAGGCACUGAGCAAACAGAAUCCGGAACUGUCCACGACAACCUCUAGUAGUCUCGCCGGGGCAGGUAUCCAAGAAAAAAACUGUGUAAGUGUAACUUUGUUUUGCAGACGAUGCAAGACACUUACAACUGUCAUGCUGGACAUGCAUCAGAGGCGCUUUUCGUGCGUGUUUUCACGCACCAGCUACGCAUGACAGGUUUUCUCUGUCAUGCAGAGCAAACUUGUCAUGCUAUUCCUCCAAGAAAGUUACAUCUACACAGUUUCUUUGUUGCAUAGCAGGAGCGGGAGGUCCGGAAGACCUCGACGCACGGAUCCAGUCCCAGCUUGAAAAGAUGAAAACGGCUUCAGCUGCUGGUGCCUCCUCUUCUAUGAGAGUGCACAACUCCCCCUCCCCCUCAUUUGCAGGGCAUAAACAGCAACACAAGUCCUGGCAUAAAUGCAGACUUUGAAUGACAAAUUCGCGACCGAUUCUAGUGCGGUUUUGGCUUCCGGAAUUUGUCAUGCAAGCAGUGCCAAAGGGAAAAGGAUGGAGUUGCUAUUUUGCAUGACAAAUGAGGUGGAAGGGGAGUUGUGCGCUGUCAUAUCUUCAUCAUCUUCCCGAGGCGGACCAGGGGGUAUGCAUUGCAAAAGUAAUAUCGCACGCGUCCUAAAAAUUGCACGUAUAUGUACGCACCAUGACAAAUCGCAUUCCUAAGCUAAAACAGCAUGACAAAUUCCAUCUGUCAUGCUAAGGCACUUUGUAAAAAUGCCAUGCAAAUUAUACCAGUGCGAUGCAGUGCUACUUUUGCAUUGCUGUAUAGGGGGACCGCACACAACGUCCAACGCAGAGCACGACCCGGAGAAGGCGACCCACUUACUAAAAAAGAAGGAGGAAAAGGCGUUUCUCGAGAUGCAGAAAAAAGGCGUUGCUGUCGCCGCGGAAUCCUACCGAGAGGCUGUGUUGCAGGGGUUUUUGGAGAAGAGUGAGGCAGGAGCAUUUGCGUCUUCUUCGUCUAGCAAAGGAACCGCACCCUCCACCUCUUCGCCGGAAGAUAUUGCAACCGCUGGCACAGACGGUGACGGAGCGAAAGGAAAGACAACUGAUGCUGCGGCAAGUGCUGGAGAUGCAGGAGACCACACAGGGUCUGGGUCCUCCUCCGGGAACAUGAACGAGCAGGGAAAAGAUACUCAAACAUUGCAAAACCUCCAAACAAGCGGCGUGCCUGCGCUGAAAGACCGAGAACAAGUAGAUGCUCGUCUUCACAAAACCACUAGCACGAGAUCAAAGCUGCUCUUCUGCUGGCACUUUGCGCACCUGCCCGACUUUGUUCCGCCGGAGAAGCUUCUCCCCUUGCUGCAAGCCUUGGACGCUGCUGAGGCGAAGCUGGAGCACCACUGGCGGGUUGAAAAGGAGUUCAAAAAGAGCCAGCCCGAGACGGAGAAAAAACGGUUGAAACAGGAAGAGGAAGAGGAGCGGAACAGAUUGAAGUUCUGGACUUUGUCGGACCUGGCAAAAACCAGACCGGACGGGCUGGAGGUCGUGGAACAAACAGUGAGCAGCAGCCUCAGCAAGAUGAACAGUAGCACAACAACCUCAACCGCCGUAAGAACAGGCAACACGACGACGGCCCAUACCAACUGGAAGGAAAAGUUCGAAAAUUGGCACUUUGCCCUGCACCAAACGGUUUUCAAAUUUACCGGCGCGGCGAAGUUGCUGGAGCUGAAAAACAACAAAGCAAAAACGGCUGAGAACAAUCCACAGCAUAGUACUACGAGAACCGCCGGCGAACAAGAGGAUCCGGAAGUAGAUGUAAACAUGUUUCGCCUGCUGCAGACGCUCUACUUGGACACCUGCGGCCGCGACAUCACCCUGAAAGCAGCGAAGAACCGGUGCCAUCCGAGGUUCGGGUUUAACUUCUACUCGAAGGAAGAAAUUCGGGAGGAGCUCGGAGAGUACCUGCUGGCGUGUUUCCUGCACGAGUCCAAUUUUCUGGUCAAGGAGGAAUUUUUCGCAAAAGCCGGGGAACUAAUUCGCGAAAGUGUGGUGUAGUGAGGAAAUCGAUGAGCAAUGGGUAGCAUCUGAGUAAUUAUGUUGGAGCGGAUGAACAGUAAUUACGAUUCGACUGCGAGUUGUUCCGACUGAAGUUGCGGUUUGUCCUGCUGCUUCUUGUUAAGACAAGCGGUUUCGUCAGAUUUGGGGCAUCAAUGUCCGGACUUACUGGGAUUGAGAUGUUGACAGAAAAUGAAUCUUACUCUCGUAACUGCCAUGUUCUGUUGCCCAACCACGCAAAUCACUGUGAACUGGUACUAGUCAACAAACGAAAGGAGAAUUAAGAGCGACAAGCGCAGCAUAAUUCCAUCUGGUGUGAUUGAUACGAUUCAUCACCAGGACAGUGCAAUGAUUCGGGCGCCAACCAGCGUUCAUCUAGUUCACGC